CGGAAUCGGUCCUCCUGCUGUUGCUUCAGGUACGACUUCUGGUACUUUAUGUUGCUUCUUACUGAUGCUUAUCGAAAUUGAUGGUUUGAUGUUGAAGUAGCAGUUUGAUCAUAAAAAGAAGUUGGUUCUCAUAAAAUUCAGAACUUCUAGAAAUAUCUUCAACGAAAGAUGGAAGCAGAGAGAAGCGAUAAGGAUAUGGAAAUCACACAGGUUAGUGUAGGCGGUUUUGGCGAUCACGUUAAGGCCAAGAUGCUUUUGGAUUACUURGAAGAAACCGUCGGGCGAGUYUGGAGGUGUCGAGUAAAAGCUUCMUCAACUCCUCCMGACACGUAUCCUGMAUUUGAUGCCRACCUCGAGAACAUACAAAAAGUCGAUGAUUAYGAGAAGGUUGAACCCCAUGCAUUUGUGCAUUUCGUGGAUYCUGAUUCGGUCAAUUCAGYUUUAGAAAUCGAAGGCAAAGGUGAGCUUGUAUUUCUCAACAAUCCUUUGAAGGUUAGUUUGGGGCCGGAAAAUCCGUAUAGAAUGAACCAACGUAGAAGGACAAAAGWACCCUUUAAGUUWUCAAAUGUGGUUCUUGAGAUYGGRAUGUUUGCUAGCCGGGAUAAUUUCCUUGUUGGUUGGAGAGGGCCUGMUUCCGGGGUUGACUUUCUUAUUGACCCGUUUGAUUAUAGCUGUAAGUUUCUUUUCACUAAAGAUARYGCUUUCUCUUUUAAGGGGACGAAGAAUCAUGCAGUGAUAAAAUGCAAUUUUAAGGUYGAGUUUUUGGCGAGAGAAGUUAACRACAUUAAAGAUUGCUUGCAGUCRCAUAKGGUUUUGAUUUUUCAGUUGGUAUCGGCUCCUCUUAUUAGCUAUAGAACGGCUGAUGAUGAUAUCGCUAUCACACAUYCGUCAGAAAUGUUGGAUGAUGWUGAUCCAUGGAUCCGGACCACYGAUUUUACGCCAAGUGGGGCUAUUGGGAGAUGCCAUACUUAUCGCGUUUUGAUCCGGAKUCGAGAUGUACSGAAGGCAAAAAAAGCUUUAGCUUUYYUUAGAGAACAAAGUGUCCCUAUCGAUCAAUUWAGAACAAAGCYUAAGGUACAGAAUGAACCAGAAUUCGGGAUUCCAUUGCGAKAUCCSUUUUUUUGUAUUCAAUACGAAGACGAUAUAUCCUUUARAGUUUUGUUCUUGGUUAACGCRUGUUUGCACAGAGGCAUCAUCAACCAGCACCAAUUCUCGGAAAAAGUUUUCGAUCUGUUGAGAGAUCAAUCUGWGGAGGUUAAUGUGGCUGCCCUGAAGCAUAUAUGUUCAYAUCGUCACCCUCUAUAUGAYGGGUUUACUCGAUUGAAAAUCGUUCAAGAAUGGCUACUGAAUAAUCCAAUGCUUAUUGAGAAAAAAAUAGAGCAAAAAGACAUAACCGAAGUUCGGAGAUUGGUCAUUACGCCAAGCAAAGCCUAUUGUCUACCACCAGAAGUUGAGCUAUCUAAUCGUGUUCUUCGGCAUUAUCGAAAAGUUUCUGACAGGUUUUUACGAGUUACGUUUAUGGAUGAAGGUAUGAGGACUUUAAACAACCAUGUUCUCAACUUUUACCCGGCUCKCAUCGUUAAAGGUUCUAUUGCACAGAAAACAACUAUGUUUAGAAGGGUGARGAACAUUUUGAGUGAAGGGUUUUAUUUAUGCGGCCGUCRAUACCGUUUCUUGGCUUUCUCGGCRAACCAAUUGAGGGAUCGAUCUGCUUGGUUUUUUGCUGAAAACRRGAAGAUUUCAUGCAGASAUAUAAMAGCAUGGAUGGGGAAAUUCAGUAACAGGAAUGUAGCUAAAUGUGCUGCUAGAAUGGGGCAGUGCUUCUCAUCGACAUAUGCGACUGUCGAGGUCCCGAGAACCGAGGUUGAUUUGRACCUURARGACAUCAAGAGGAAUGGYUAYGUGUUCUCGGAUGGGAUCGGGAAAAUGUCACCGGAACUUGCACUUGAAGUUGCYGAAAAGUUGCAGUUGAAAGACAAUCAGCCGUGUGCGUAUCAGAUCAGAUACGCGGGUUGUAAGGGAGUCAUCGUGUGGUGGCCUGGAAAAAAGGGGGACAAUAUCAAGCUUUCAUUAAGGCCGAGCAUGAAUAARUUYGAGUCUGMUCAUACGGUUCUUGAAAUAUGUUCUUGGACACGGUURCAGCCCGGUUUCUUGAAUCGUCAGAUAAUAACGCUACUCUCCGCUUUGAAUGUUGGAGACGAUAUCUUUUGGGAAAUGCAGACGAAAAUGGUGAGAAAUCUGRACCAAAUGCUCGAGGACACGGAUAUGGCAUUUGACGUGAUCACAACAUCGUGUGCCGAAARUGGGAGUWCAGCUUCGAUAAUGUUGGCUGCCGGUUUCAAGCCGACAACCGAACCACACCUUCGCGSCAUGUUGAGUAGCAUCCGAGUUGCACAGCUCGAAGAUUUACGUGARAAAUCUCGAAUCUUUGUKCCCGAAGGAAGGUGGUUGAUGGGUUGUUUGGAUGAAUUAGGUGUUCUUGAACAAGGCCAGUGCUAUAUUCAAGUAUCAAACCCGUCGGUCGAGAACUGUUUUGUGAAACAUGGGUCGAGAUUUUCUGAAACAAAACGAAAUUUGACAGUUAUCAAGGGUACUGUGGUCAUUGCAAAGAAUCCGUGUCUUCAUCCUGGUGAUGUUCGAGUUUUAGAGGCUGUAGAUGUCCCUGGUCUAGAACAUCUGUUUGAUUGUUUGAUUUUUCCGCAGAAAGGAGACCGGCCACACACCGAUGAAGCUUCCGGAAGUGAUCUCGAUGGCGAUCUCUAUUUCGUUACAUGGGAURAAAAUCUUAUACCACCUAGCAAACAGAGCUGGCCGCCGAUGGAAUACACUGCUGCCGAAGCCAAACUUUUACCACGCGAUGUUACCCAACAGGACAUAAUAGAUUUUUUCACCAAGAACAUGGUUAAYGACAGUCUUGGAACGAUUUGCAACGCACACGUAGUCCAUGCCGAUAUGAGUGAUGACGGAGCUCUAGAAAAAAAAUGCAUCAAACUGGCGGAACUAGCGGCUACCGCCGUUGAUUUCCCGAAAACCGGCAAGAUCGUGAACAUGCCGCCUGCUCUUAGACCGAAGCUUUACCCGGAUUUCAUGGGMAAAGAAAGUUUCCAAAGCUACAAAUCGAAGAAAAUACUCGGGAAACUUUAUCGCCAUGUCAAAGAUUGUCGCGCCACAGAUGUCACGCCAUCUUCCGAACUUCUAAUCCUCCCUUCCMACAUACCGUAUGACGAAGAUCUUGAGGUUCGUGAGGCUGCUAGCUUUGUAAAUGAUGCUUGGGGCUGUAAGUUGUCGUACGAUCGACGACUAAACGGGCUUCUCGGACAGUAUAAGGUGGCCCGAGAAGAAGAGAUUGUCACGGGUCAUAUUUGGUCAAUGCCGAAACAUGCUAGCAAGAAGCAAGGUGAACUUAAAGAAAGGAUCAAACAUGCGUACAGUGCGUUGAGGAAGGAGUUCCGGAAGGUGUUYGACUAUCUGGGUCCUGAUUUUGACCAGAUUCCGGAAGAAGAAAGAAACGAGAGGUACGAGCGAAAGGCGUCUGCUUGGUACCAGGUUACGUACCAUCCGAUUUGGGUAAGGAAAUCACUGGCUUUGCAAGAACCUGGCCGGGAGGGCGAAACGGUAAAUUUGAGCUUUGCRUGGAUCGCAGCUGAUUAUCUUGCCCGAAUCAAAAUCAAGCGACGGGGAGCUGGAGACGGGAGAUCCCAGAAACCGAUUGAUUCACUUGGUCGGUACCUUGCUGAUCGGAUGUGAUCGUUUAUGGCUGCAUGGCUACUCUUGUUACUUCUUAGACCUUUUUUUUUAUUCAUGUAUCAUUUUGGCUGAGUGGAGAAGUCACUAUCUAUUUCAUCAAGCCAUAAUCGAACAACCUUGUAUAAGUUAUCAAAUAAUAGCUUGUUUGUUAAAAGCUUAACGGGUUUAAUGAGACUCAUUGUUUGGUAGUGGUUUA